UAUUCCAGAAGAACCAUCAAAUGGAAGAAUUAUUAUGACAGAUGCCUUCCUUGGAUCAGCAGUGACCUACAGUUGUAACGAAGGGUACAGAUUGAUUGGAAAGGAUCAAAGGCGAUGUGAGAUUUCUGGCAAGACUGUUAGAUGGAGCGGUGAUGUACCCAUUUGUCAAAAUAUUCCUUGUCUUCCACCUCCAGAUAUCCCUCACGGGAGGCACAGCGGCACAUUCACAAGUGACUUCGUUUAUGGGUCAGUUGUGACUUACAGGUGUGACAAGGGAUACACGCUCGUUGGAGAGGACUUUAUUUACUGCACCACGAAGGAUGAGAAAAAUGGAGAGUGGAGUGGGCCUGCCCCGGAGUGUCAAAAGACAGGGAAGCAGUGCUCGUAUCCUCCAGCCAUCGCCAAUGGGAAGCACAGUGGCCAGGGCCGCGUUUUCACGAUUGGAACAUCUGUCACUUACUCCUGCGACCCUGGCUACACUCUGAUGGGAAGGGCACAGAUUAAUUGUACAGCAUCCAAAUUUUGGACCGACCCCAUCCCCCACUGUAAAGUUUCAUCAGCUGGUUGUAGAGUCCCAGAAGUUUGGCAUGGAAAAAUAAGUGACUUGAAACCUGCCUACAGCCCCGGAGAGACUCUUCUGGUUGAGUGUGAUCCUGGAUACACCCUGAAGAGCACGCAGGAGGCUCAGUGCCAAGAUGAUGGCACGUGGGCUCCUGCAGUCCCCAUCUGUGAACCAGGUUCCCAUACCAUUGUCCCACAAGUCUUGGGAACCUUAGGGGCAGCGUUGCUGUUUGUCCUUCUGGCCGUGAUCGGGAGAAUUAUUUGCUGGAAGAAAGAUGGCAAAUGCCAUGCAAAUGCAAAUACACCACCCAAUGCUGCUGACACAACCAAACAGGAAUUUUCAUCUGUUCUGUAGGAGUUGCUGGGAAUUGCAUGGAAGCAUUUCUGUCCUAUUCUCUGAGGAAUUUAUGCACUUAUCCUGACCUGCUACAAGAGAAGGUGGAAAGCUUUGCAGUUCUACUAUGGAAUGGGACUUCUGCUGUUUCCUUGGAUAAACUGCUGCAGGAGUGUUGCCAAGUUCAGCCGUUGCACAGCACCAGUGUAGCUCUUCAACUGAACUCCCUUGUGCGUGCCUGCUGCUUGUCCACAAACACUUGUUGCCUGCAGAUUUCUGAGACUGGUGAGGCACACUGGGGCAUCAAGGAGUUACCAGAUUUCUCCAAACUGUUGCUGAUCUAAAAUGCUUUGAAAUCUGCUGAUGAUAGUGCU